GUUUUAAUCUAAAAAAAUUCAAUCAUUUGCAAACUUACACCGUCACAAACCUCUUCAAUUCUUCGAUCUCAAAAGUUGCAGACGUCUUCCACCGGCACGAAAUCUGAAGACCAUACCUCUUAAUCAAACAUUCUUUGGGCUUGAUUUUCACCGAAUUCAAUAGCACCUGUUCAAAGCGUCUUCAAUCUUCAGCGAAUCACAAGAUCAUGAUCCUGAGAGAACCUCCAUGUUCGAUUUGACAUUCAUAUAACCCACUUGGGUUUCAUGAUCCUCACCCUAGUUUUUUCUAGGGUUUCGAAAUUGCAAAAGGCCUAACAAUUGAAGGGGUAAAUUACAAAUCUAGAAAAGGCUUGUCGUAUGAGUCUGAAUCGCUGUGGAAAAUCGUACAGCUUGUGGAGAGUGCAUUAAUAUGAAAGUGGACAGAGGAUCAGCGUCAUCGCCUAUUUCUCGGCUUCCACUAGAGUAACAAAAAACAAUAGUUUGAAAGGAAGGUAUCUAUAGAAGUAGACUGAAAAGAAUGAUAAUGACAGAUAAGUCACAUAAUUCUAAUGCCUCUUUGUUCUUGCGUAGAAGUCUUUAUAUUGACUUAAUGGCAUUCAACUUUAGAGGUCAAUCAGAUGUGUUUGAUAAUGGGUCAUCCGGAGAUAAUUAUGAGGAUUCAAUGUUUGAUAUUGAGAACCCUAAAAGGUCCGAGCUAUCAAUUCAGCAUCCAAGAUCAAAUGUGCAUCAAGACAAUGACUCUCAUGGGCUUUUGAUCGAGCAACCCUUCAAGGGUUGGAAACUUCCUGAUAUGAUGUUCGCUACAAGGCGCUGCAUAUCUGAUGCAUGCACUUUUAUAGCUAAACAGCUUGAGAAUGUUUACUCAUCGGUUUCGAAUAUAGUAGGUCCUCCGCUAAGCGUGGGAAGCACCUUUGGUUUGGAAGAGAAGUUGGAUACAAUUCAGAAGCUACUUGAGCAGCAACAGCAGCUGCAGCAACAACAUUUUCAUGACUGCAUUCAGUUUAAAAUGAUGUUUUAAUUUUUGAGGAUAUUUGAAACCAUUUGAUGUUAAAAUAGCUAGUAGAUACUUUUUAGUUCUUGUUUACAAAACUGGAGAAUUUGUAACUUCUUCGUGAGAUUAAGAGCUCGUUUGUUGGCACUGUAUUGUGGUGAUAAUAUAUAUUUUUCUUUCUAGAAUGA